GUUGUUUUUAUAAAAUCGUGCAAUGUAUUCGAAAAUAUUCGUGGCGUUUCUGAUUAUUAGCAUAAUUAAUUCUGGGAAUCUAUAUGCAGAAGAGGACGGAGAGACUGAUGCAGAAGCUGAAGCAGAAGCAGAAGCUGAGCCAGAAGCGGAAGCUGAGCCAGAAGCAGAAGCUGAGGCAGAAGCGGAAGCUGAACCAGAAGCAGAAGCUGAACAAGAAGGACAGGAUGAGCCUGAACCUAAUCCUGAAACUCAACCUGAGUCGAAAGGUCAACCUAAGCCGAAACCUGACAGUGAAGCUGAAAUUGUGACAGAAAAAAGACGAGAAGUCUUAACUACCCAGAAACCCACAUCACUUGCCGGACAUUUAGUUCCUGGACUUCCUUUUCCUGGAUAUCCAUUGAAUGGGUAUCCAUUUGCAAGUCCUCCAUUUUAUGGACCACCAGGACUUCCACCUCCUAUGAUCGUACAGCCGUGCAUAAGCAGUCUAUUCGGCCCGAUGCCAUUUACUAAAUGUAAACCUAGCUGUAGCGGUUCUAUACCAUUAAUCCUUUUGUCAUGCCCGAGUCCAAUGUUGCAAUGCUGUUUAUAACUGUGGAGCUAAGAGGUGAGAGGUGAUAUCAAUCAUAUAACUAAUACAAUCAACGCGUAAAAUGUUUGAAGCGCAGAAAAAAGAAGAUCCAAAAAUUGAAUUUGUGUUUAUUCGUUCCGAAGUUGACUGGAUUCAUUUCAACGAAUUAGCAAAUCAAACACAAAGUUAUCUACAAUUUUCAAUCAAUGUGUUUGCCUAAUGCCUACACAAAAAGAGCAAGUUCAUUCAGACAAACAUGUUGAAUGAAUUGAAUUAAUUUUACUUUACGCAAAUCAGUGAAUGGGUGUGUAUCAACUCAAAUCGACUCUAAUACCGUUCGACAAAUCGUGAAAGGGUGACACUUCAGCACGAAUGCAAAGAGUUUUUUUUUUAUAAAAUGAUUCGCGUUUAAGUUUUAUUAACGAAUCUGUUUGCUCGUUCAAUGAGAGGUUUAUAUGCUGCGCUGUUAUAAUUCGUUUGACAAAUGCUCACAAUUCUUAAGGACUCGGCAAGCUGCAUGUGUACUUUGUGCAAAUACUUAAUACAUAAGCUUAUGCAUAGAGUCAGUAGAAACUGCACAACUAUAUGUACUGUCGCUUCACUGAUUCUAGUACAACUACAUACACAGCUUCUAUACAGAUCGAAAUGUCAACAAAAACACAUACGCAAUCGCUCGUUUGACACUUACCUUAGUCUUGUUGUUUGCGUUUAAAAGAAAAAAAAAUGGAGGCGACAACGGAUCUAUUUAUAAAUAUAAUUCAAAAUCAUCAACUAAUUUAUGAUACUGCAUCGAAAGACUUUAAAAAUGUCAACAAAAAAGAAGAUGAAUGGGAGAAAAUUGCGAAAGAAAGUAGAAUGAGCGGUAAACUCUAUUUUUUUGUGUGCAAAUAAUCAUAUUUUCGGCAAUCUAACCUAAAAUCUUAUUAAAUGUAGUGGACGGGGCAAAAAGACGAUAUUUUUCCCUUCGUCAGAAAUAUUCGCGUGAAAAGAAGAAAGAAACAAUUUGUGUCAGAACUAAGCAAACAUUUCGACCAUGGGUAUUUUUCGAAAGACUUUCUUUCCUCGGCGAUUUUAUCAAACCCCGGCGGUAAUUUGGCAAUUUCGCGAUUUUUGAUAUUGGUAGUUUUCAACAAAUGAUUCUUUUUUAGUACGUACACAAGUGAUGUAGAUGGAAUCGAUGAAGAGGAUCUUCUUACUGGAGACCAUUCCAACGACCAGACAACGAAACCCAUUGGAGACAAAAACUUUCAUCAGUCUUCCGGUAAACGUCAUCGUCUGAACGAUUUAAGUGACGAUGAAUAUAACCAUGUAAUGCUGUUCGGCAAGCCACUGUCAUUGGCAGACGAAGACGCUAUCAUGGCAGAGGGUUUGGUAUUUGAAAACAGCCAAAACGAUUUGACAAAUUUUGAAGUUUUGGCUGAAAUAGAAUUGGAACAACAACAAGUCCCAGUUUUGCUAACCGGUGAAUCAUCAGGUAGCCAGGAGCAAGCGCUCGGUAUUGAUGCACGUACGCCGAGUAUGUUGGGACCGCUCGAUAUUGACGCAUGUGCGUCGAGUAUAUUAAGCCCACACAAUGAAGCAUUGCGAGAUCGUGCUACAUUAUCAAUUGAUGAACAACUCAGCUAUGUAGAAAUACCGUCAUCAGAGAAGGGACUGUGUCCACUUGGUAGUGAGACAUUUCGUGUCCCAUCUUCCACUGCGGCACACAACGCAAAUGUUGAACGAGGCAGCAGUAGUUCAGUUUAUGUUCGGUCCGCAAACUCUCAACACAGCUCUGCUUCGUCAACUCAAAACACGGAAAGCAGUUCACAGGCUGGUACAUCGAAUACACGAUAUCGUUUGAUCGGGUCAACACAACCUGUAGCUCCUAAGCCAACACCACACCGAAACGAUCCUACUGCCAACCGAAAAAUACCUAAUUCGGCGCUCUCCAAAAAUUCUCCAGUUGUACAAGCGACCGUUGCUGUCCGUCAACAGGAAAAGAAUUCCUCGUCGGAUGCUACAAGUAUGGAAAAAAUCAAAGAAAAAAUGGAAUUGUAUUUGAAUGCCUGCAAUGAUAAACUUGUCAAGAAGCCCGAACGUUCACCUCAUGCCAGUUUCCUUUCAUAUUUGGGAUCGAAAAUGGAUGGCAUACCGAAAGAGAAGAUUCCAGCUCUGGAAAAGGAAAUUCUCGACAUUGUGUAUCGUUUUUCUAGUGAGGCAUGAAAUGCCAGUCUUAAUUGCGAUUGAUGUAUUUGUUGCCUUGAAUUUGAGCUUGAGCCGCAAUUUUUAAUUAAUUAAUUUUUACCGCGAUUCUUGUUCAAUUCAAUUCAAAAUUGAGUUAAUUUUAUCUAAAUUUUUAUUGAACUUGUAUUGCCCAUUUCUUGUUGAACUAAAUAAAUUUGA